CGCCCCUGCCGGAGAAAGUGCUGGGCGCUGUGGCGCGGGUGCGGAGCGCUGCCAGGUCGGCGUUUCCAGGCCUUGCCGGAGCGCCGCCGCAGAGGAUCCCUGGCCGUCCCGGAAAUGCUUUCGGCCAGCGCCAACAUGGCUGCGACCCUGCGGGCUGCGGGCGCUCUGCUCCGCGAGCCGCUGGUGCAUGGCAGCUCGAGGGCCAGCCAGCCAUGGAGGUGCCAGUCGGGUGCUGCGGUGGCAGCCACCACGGAGAAAGUGCAUCAUGCCAAAGCUGCGAAACCCCAAGUUCAACCAGAAAGGAGGAAGCCAAAAACCGGCAUAUUAAUGUUAAACAUGGGAGGCCCCGAAACCCUUGGAGAAGUUCAAGACUUCCUUCAGAGGCUCUUCCUGGACCGAGACCUCAUGACACUUCCCAUUCAAAAUAAGCUGGCGCCAUUUAUCGCUAAACGCCGAACCCCCAAAAUUCAAGAACAGUAUCGCAGGAUUGGAGGUGGAUCCCCCAUCAAGAUGUGGACUUCCAAGCAAGGAGAAGGCAUGGUGAAAUUGCUGGACGAGCUGUCCCCCGACACAGCACCUCACAAAUACUAUAUUGGAUUCCGGUACGUCCAUCCCUUGACAGAAGAGGCAAUUGAAGAGAUGGAGAGAGACGGACUAGAAAGGGCCAUUGCUUUCACACAGUAUCCACAGUACAGCUGCUCCACCACAGGCAGCAGCUUAAAUGCCAUUUACAGAUACUAUACCGAGGUGGGGCGGAAGCCCACCAUGAAGUGGAGCACCAUCGACAGGUGGCCCACACACCCCCUCCUCAUCCAGUGCUUUGCAGACCACAUUCUGAAAGAGCUGAACCAUUUUCCAGAGGAGAAGAGAAGCGAGGUGGUCCUUCUGUUCUCUGCCCACUCCCUGCCGAUGUCUGUUGUCAACAGAGGGGACCCCUAUCCCCAAGAGGUAGGAGCCACUGUCCACAAGGUCAUGGAAGAGCUGGGUUACCCCAACCCCUACCGACUGGUCUGGCAGUCCAAGGUUGGUCCAGUACCCUGGUUGGGCCCUCAGACAGAUGAGGCUAUCAAAGGGCUUUGUGAGCGGGGGAGGAAGAAUAUCCUCUUGGUCCCAAUAGCAUUUACCAGUGAUCACAUUGAGACACUCUAUGAACUGGAUAUUGAAUACUCUCAAGUCUUAGCUCAGAAGUGUGGAGCUGAAAACAUCAGAAGAGCGGAGUCUCUUAAUGGAAAUCCAUUGUUCUCCAAGGCCCUCGCUGAUCUGGUGCACUCCCACAUCCAGUCAAACAAGCUGUGCUCCACGCAGCUGAGUCUGAGCUGUCCGCUCUGUGUAAAUCCUGUCUGCAGGAAGACUAAAUCCUUCUUCACCAGCCAACAGCUGUGACCCUGCCUGAGGACCCGUGGGAUCCUCAGAUGUACAGCCUCCAGACACCUGCACCGGGGACGGCGGCGGCGACGGUGGGGACGGAAGCCACAUUUGUCUCGACACAGACUAUGAUUUCUCUCUUGCCUAUGUUUCGUUUUAUGUAAUGUUAUUUUAUUUUAUUUUGUUUUGUUUUGUUUUGUUUUGUUUUAUUUUGUUUUAUUUUAUUUCUUGCUUCCUUGUGUAGGCCAAACUGGCCUCCACUGAGCCUCCUGCUCCCAUUUCAUGAGUGCUAGCUAACAUCACAGACAUACAAAAUUGUGAUCCUUGGAAUCACAAUUGACUUGAAAUUCUUACUGAGAUUUUUAUUUUCACAUACACAAACAGUGAACACUUACAACUGUUUCUGGGGUCAGUUUAUUUACGAAUGUGGAAUAUCUAUUAGGGCAUCCCAGGAAUGAGUUUUACAUUUUUAUCUUAUGAGACGCACACAGAUUCUGCACUUACUGCCCAAAACAACUUCCUAAAAUAGUAUGGUAUGUCCUCCAUGUACUGCCAGUGGUGACUGAGAUGUUUACGUCUUAUGGAUAUAGCUAUAGCUUAAGUGAAUAUUAUAAAUUUAUGAAAUAUAAUUUGUAAAAGUAAGCUGCGUGCAUAGCUUAGGAUUGUAUGCGUGCCUCAUGGCUCCUGCUUUAACCCCAGCACUGAACACUGACAUUAUGCUACUCUUUCCCUAAGUCCAUGGGUACAGGGAUGCGAGGGAGUCAGAGUGGUCCCUACUCUGCUUCUAUUGGCAAUGCAGCCACUGCUCCCUGGCCACUGUGGCGUCUGAGGCGGAGUCUCAUCUGCCUCCCUGGAAACUGAAACAAGCGCGUGUUUCAAGAGUGCUGAGAUUCCCCAGGCGCAGAGCCUAAUAAAUGUGUGGAAGUUCA